ACAUCACAGAAACCCCCGAGGAGCAAUUAUUUAUGAGCGCACUUCAUAUAUUUAAAAUGGCAAAAAAAGUAGGCCAGAGACAUAUAAAAUAUGUUUUAUACGUCUCUUAGUAGGCUAAGUUGUUUUUUGACCCACUGACUGAAGGUUGCAUUCGAAAUACACAGAUGCAAAUGGACAACCUUGCGAGCUUGAUGACGUCUGUGGUCUUUGUGAUUUCCACGUAGUCUUCUGUGAGCCUUGAUCAAUAAUUGAUGGACAUCUUAUCGGAGUCGGUGAUUCACUCACUCAUGGCUGAUAAGUCUGCAAUAAAUAAGACAUCUCCGACAAUAACAAUAACAAGCACAAAAAUUGACGAACAGAUCAUCAGAAAAGAACAAAGGUGAAGACUUACAGUUACAUUUACAGUAAAGCGUAAACUAUCAUCGUGAUGUAUAAGUCAUGUAUACUUGGCUUGUUUACGCUCCUCGGAGUUGUGGCAGCAAAUCCAUUGAAUAAUCAAAUCACGAUUCCUCCAAAAUGCUGUCCACCGGAGCUCUAUCAGAGCGAUGUUCGACUGACUCAAGGGCUCAGUAUUAGUGGUCAAGGUAUGGGGCAAUAUUUAAGUGGCCACUGGUGGUUUGAUCGUCGCAAUAAAAGAAACGCAUAUGAGGGGAUUUUAAUCAUAAAUGGAAAGGAGCUGCCAAAUAUGAAGUUCAUACAGGACAACGUGGCAAAGAAGCAAUACAAUAUAAAUAAAGCAGCGAGAACGUGUCAGGUACAGGAGCAGGCCUUUCCUCCCUUUGAUGGAUGUGUCCCCGAGGGUUCAAAGUUUUUGGGACAGGAAACUCUCGGGAGAGAUUUCAUUGUGAAUUCAUGGAGGGGAGAGAUGCAAAGUGACACAUACAAUUUUACAUUUGAAGAAACAUUCACCCCUGAUUGUAUCCCAGUAACAAUAGCACUUCAAGGUGAAGCAAAUGCUGAUUGGGGCAAAACAGGUCUUUCAUCGUCUCUGCGGUUUUCCAGCUUUCGAGAAGGCAUAAGAGAUAUGAGUGUAUUUGACAUUCCUGACUAUUGUCAAAAAUAACUUUGAUUUACAAAUUGACACUACGAGAUGAAAUUUCACAGUGGACAUGUUAAAACUAGUGGUACUGUCUGAGUCGCAAUAAUUAGAGAGGUUUAGUUGCUUGCAUUUCAUGCAUUUAGGAUGCAUGAAAAAAUAGUGCUAACGUAAUCUCCCUAUUUUUCUUGAUAAUGACUGUUAAUACAUACGCCAUGGAUUGAAUUUUAAUUUGAAAAAGUAUUGUCUAUCUUAACUGCUACUUUUCUACUAUUAAAGUGGCAUGUGUUUCAUGUAGAAGUACUUUCUAUAAUAGGAAGGAAGUGGUCUAAACUGAACAUACCCAUGGAGCUAAUGUGGAAGGCACCUGAAUAGCCCACUCUAUUAUUUGUAGCACUUUGCCGUGACUCGUA